GCUCUGUUGUGGCUUUUGAUUGGAAUAUUUGCUAUGUAAGGCUUGACUAAAAACCGUCUCCUCGAACCUGGUUGGUCUGCUAUCAGGAAGUGUCUCCCGGGCUGAAGCCGUCGCCCUGCCCUCACUGCUCCCUGUUUUAUUCUCGCCGAGUGAGUGCGGUCUCCAGCGACAGAGCGGUGCAAUGAUAAAAGCCGCAUAUGCGGUGAGCUACACACACCUCUCAGGCAGGAACAUACCCACGAAACAGCCUCACCCCGGUUCUCCUCGCAUCACAGCCUUACCCAACACUCUGAGCCGAACCUGAAGUGCCAGUAGAACCAUGUCCAAGCCAACGGGGGGCGGUGUGAACGAUGUCACCCGCUUACUGACAUCGGGGGUCACGGCGCCAGGGUCUCCCAAAACUACGAUCUCCGCCGCCAGCCAGGCCGACUGGGCGGCUAAGAGGCUGGUGUGGGUGCCGUCAGAGAAGAAUGGCUUUGAGUCGGCCAGUAUCCGGGAGGAGCGCGGUGAUGAGGUGGAGGUGGAGCUGACGGACAGCCAGAGGAAGGUGACUCUGUCCAGGGAGGAGGUGCAGCGAAUGAACCCCCCGCGCUUCAGCAAAGUAGAAGACAUGGCCGACCUCACCUGCCUGAACGAAGCCUCGGUGCUGCACAACCUGAGAGAGAGAUACUACUCUGGCUUGAUCUAUACAUAUUCAGGGCUCUUCUGUGUGGUGGUCAACCCUUACAAGAACCUGCCCAUCUACACAGAGUCCAUCGUGGACAUGUACCGGGGCAAAAAACGCCACGAGAUGCCCCCUCACAUCUACGCCAUAUCAGAGGCCGCCUAUCGCAGCAUGCUACAAGACAGAGAAGAUCAGGCAAUCCUCUGCACAGGCGAGUCUGGAGCUGGGAAAACAGAGAACACUAAGAAAGUCAUCCAGUAUAUGGCUCACGUUGCCUCUUCCCAUAAGGGAGGCACUCUGGGAAGAAACAAGGAAGCUUUACAGAUGGACGGCUCUAGGUCUUUAACAAGAGGCUGUACUUUGGUGAACAGGAGCAUGCAAUAUGGUGAGCUGGAGAGACAGCUGCUGCAGGCCAACCCCAUCCUGGAGGCCUUCGGCAACGCAAAGACUGUCAAGAACGACAACUCCUCUAGAUUUGGUAAAUUCAUCCGCAUUAAUUUUGAUGUGGCGGGGUACAUUGUUGGUGCCAACAUCGAAACCUACCUCCUGGAAAAGUCCCGGGCCACCCGUCAGGCCAAAGACGAGAGGACGUUCCAUAUCUUUUACCAGCUUCUGUGUGGAACUUCUGAAGAGACAAAAGCGGACCUGCUUUUAGGAACUGCUGAUCAGUACCGCUUUCUCAGCGGAGGCUCCAUCCCUGUCGCUGGUCAGAGCGAUGCAGACAACUUCACCCAGACCAUGGACUCCAUGGUUAUAAUGGGCUUCACCCCAGAGGAGUCGCUAUCCAUGCUGAAGGUGAUCUCCUCUGUGCUCCAGUUGGGGAACAUUUCCUUCAUGAAGGAGAAGCACCACGAUCAGGCUUCGAUGCCUGAUAACACAGCCGCUCAGAAACUGUGCCAUCUGCUGGGCAUCAACGUGCUGGAGUUCACCCGGGCCAUCCUCACUCCCAGAAUCAAAGUGGGUCGAGAGUAUGUGCAGAAGGCCCAGACCAAAGAACAGGCUGACUUUGCUGUGGAGGCCUUAGCGAAGGCUUCAUAUGAGCGUCUGUUCAGAUGGCUGGUCCACAGGAUCAACAGAGCUCUGGACCGCAGGCAGAGGCAGGGAGCCUCCUUCAUAGGCAUCCUGGACAUCGCUGGAUUUGAGAUCUUCCAGCUGAACUCCUUUGAGCAGCUGUGCAUCAACUACACCAACGAGAAGCUGCAGCAGCUCUUCAACCACACCAUGUUCAUCCUGGAGCAGGAGGAGUACCAGCGGGAGGGCAUCGAGUGGAACUUCAUCGACUUCGGCCUUGACUUACAGCCGUGCAUUGACCUCAUCGAGAAACCAGCCCACCCGCCUGGUGUGCUGGCGCUGCUGGAUGAAGAGUGCUGGUUUCCCCGGGCAACCGACCGCUCAUUUGUGGAGAAGGUGUCCGCUGAGCAAGGCACCCAUCCGAAAUUCUUCAAACCAAAGCAACCACGUGGGGAAGCAGACUUCUCCAUCAUUCACUAUGCUGGCAAGGUGGACUACAAGGCACAUGAUUGGUUAGUGAAAAACAUGGAUCCUCUGAACGACAACGUGGCGUCUCUUCUCCACCAGUCGUCUGAUCACUUUGUCUCAGAGCUUUGGAAGGAGGAUAUUCAAACUCUUCCUCGUGUAUACUUCUUUGAUUCCUUUGCCACAAUCCAGGCUAAUGGCUCCGACAUGGACAGGAUCGUGAGUGUGGACCAGGUGUCGACAGGCGACAGCAGCGGGCCGGUCUCGUUCGGAGGGUCAGGCCUGAAGACGAAGAAGGGGAUGUUCAGGACCGUUGGUCAGCUGUACAAAGAGUCUCUCACAAAGCUGAUGGCCACACUGAGGAACACCAACCCCAACUUCCUCCGCUGCAUCAUCCCCAACCACGAGAAGAAGGCUGGUAAGCUGGCCCCAAACCUGGUUUUAGACCAACUGAGGUGUAAUGGAGUUCUGGAAGGGAUCCGUAUCUGCAGACAAGGCUUCCCUAACCGCAUCCCAUUCCAGGAGUUCAGACAGAGAUAUGAGAUCCUGACUCCUAAUGCUAUUCCUCGCACCUUCAUGGAUGGCAAACAGGCAUCAGAGCUCAUGAUCAAAGCGUUGGAGCUGGAUCUCAACCUGUUCAGGGUCGGUCAGAGUAAAGUCUUCUUCAGAGCUGGAGUCCUGGCUCAUCUGGAGGAAGAGAGAGACCUGAAGGUCACAGACACCAUCAUUCGCUUCCAGAGCGCCUCCAGAGGCUACCUCGCUCGCAAAGCCUUCACGAAGAAGCAGCAGCAGAUGAGCGCUCUGAGGGUGAUGCAGAGGAACUGUGCCGCUUACCUCAAACUCAGGAACUGGCAGUGGUGGCGGCUAUUCACCAAGGUGAAGCCCCUGCUGCAGGUGACCCGGCAGGAUGAGGAGAUCCAGGUCAGGGAGGCGGACCUCCAGAAGGCCAAGGAUCACGUCACCCGAGUGGAGCAGGACUACACAGACCUGGACAAGAAACACGCUCAGCUGAUCGAGGAGAAGUCUGUGCUGGCUGACCAGCUGCAGGCCGAGGCGGAGCUGUUUGCGGAGGCGGAGGAGAUGAGGGCGCGGUUGGCCAGUCGGAAACAGGAGCUCGAGGAGGUGCUGGGCGAGAUGGAGACUCGAUUGGAGGAAGAGGAGGAGAGAGGCACGCAGUUGACCAAUGAGAAGAAGAGGAUGCAGCAGAAUGUUCAGGACCUGGAAGAGCAGUUAGAGGAGGAGGAAAGUGCACGACAGCGCCUCCUGCUGGAGAAGGUUACCUUGGAGACCAAAGUGAAGAGUCUUGAAACGGACCUGAUUACUACAGUGGAGCAGAGAGACCGACUCAGCAAGGAGAAGAAACAUUUUGAAGAGCGUCUGAGUGAGGUGACCGAUCAGCUGACUGAGGAAGAGGAGAAAACUAAAAGUCUGAACAAACUUAAGAACAAACAAGAGGCCGUCAUCGCUGACCUGGAGGAGCGCCUGAAGCGUGAGGAGCAGGGUCGCUUGGAGCAGGAGAAGUUUAAGAGGAGGAUGGAGAACGACUCGGUGGAAGCCCAGGAGCAGCUCUCAGACCUGGGCAUGCUGUCCGCCGAGCUGAGGGGCAGUCUGGCUCAGAAGGAGAAGGAGAUCACCACCCUGCAGGGCCGGUUGGAGGAAGAAGGAGCUCGUCGUGCUGAAGCUCAGAGGUCGCUGAGAGAGGCCAUGUCCCAGGUGUCUGAGCUGAAGGAGGAAGUGGAGAAUGAGCGAGGGAUGAGGGAGCGGGCGGAGAAACAGAGGAGAGAUUUAGGGGAGGAGCUGGAGGCUUUGAGAACCGAGCUGGAGGACACACUGGACACCACAGCUGCCCAGCAAGAGCUCAGGUCUCGUCGGGAGGCGGAGUUAAAUGAUCUCCAGCGGUGUGUGGAAGACGGGGCUCGCCGCCACGAGGCCCAGCUCUCAGAGCUCAGAGUCAAACACAGCGGUGCCAUAGACAACCUUCAGGAACAGCUGGACAACAGCAAGAGAGCACGUCAGUCCUUCGAGAAGGCCAAAUCAGUGCUGGAGGAAGAGAGGCUGAAUUUGAGCUCGGAACUUAAGAGCCUCCAAGCGAGCCGCACGGAGAGCGAGAGAGGUCGUAAGAGGGCCGAGGGUCAGCUGCAGGAGGUCAGCGCCCGCCUGGCUCAGGCCGACAGAGAGCAGGACGAGAAGGAAGAGAAAGUGCACAAGCUGCAGUGUGAGCUUGAGACUCUCUGCGGCAGUGUGUCCUCCUCUGACACCAAAUCCCUUCGGCUGGCCAAAGAGGUCAGCAGCCUGGAGAGCCAGCUGAAUGAUGCCAAGGAACAACUGCAGGAUGAAAGUCGUCAAAAGAUGGCUCACGGCUCGAGGGUACGAGUGCUGGAGGAGGAAAAGAACGGACUGAUGGAGAGACAGGAGGAAGAGGAGGAGAGAGCCAAAGAGUUAACCCGGCAGAUUCAGACCCAUGCCCAGCAGCUGGCAGAGCUCCGUAAGCAGUCGGAGGAGGUGAACACGGCCGUGGAAGCCGGAGAGGAGACGCGCAGGAAACUCCAGAGAGAGCUGGACAGCGCCGUCGCAAAGGAGCUGCAGAAGGAGGAGGAGAAGGAGAGGGUGGAGCGGCAGAGGGAGCGACUGAGGGAGGAGAUCGAGGACAUGACCCUCGCCCUGCAGAGAGAGAGGCAGAACUGCACGGCCCUGGAGAAGAGGCAGAAGAAGUUUGACCAGUGUCUGGCCGAGGAGAAGGCGGUGAGCGCUCGGCUGGCAGAGGAAAAGGACCGAGCAGAAGCAGACAGCCGAGAGAAAGAGACCAGACACAUGGCACUUUCCCGAGCUCUGCAGGAGGCCCAGGAAGGAAAGGAAGAGCUAGAGAGGGCCAACAAGCAGCUCCGUCUGGAAAUGGAACAGCUUGUUAACCAGCAGGACGACGUCGGCAAGAGUGUCCAUGAACUGGAGCGCAGCCGCAGGAGCUUAGAAGCUGAAGCACAGAACCUGCGAAUGCAGACGCAGGAGCUGGACGAGGAGCUGACGGAGGCGGAGAACUCCAGGCUGAGGCUGGAGGUCAACCUGCAGGCGCUCAAGGCCCAGUUUGAGAGGGAGAUCGGCACCAACGAGGAGAAGGGAGAGGAGAAGAGGAGGGCACUGAGCAAACAGGUGAGGGAGCUGGAGAUCCAGCUGGAGGAGGAGAAGAGUCAGAGGUCUCAGGCUGUGUUGUCCAAGAAGCAGCUGGAAGCAGAGCUGCAGGAUGCGGAGGCCACGGUGGAGACCACCACCCGCGGAAAAGAGGACGCUAUGAAGCAGCUACGGAGGCUGCAGGGUCAAAUGAAGGAAGUUUUGCGCGAGCUAGAUGAGAGCAAGUUGUCCCGGGAAGAGGUGAUGGCUCAGUCCAAGGACAACGAAAAGAGGAUCCAAACUCUGGAAGCAGAGGUCCUGCAGUUCACUGAGGAGCUCUCUGUAUCAGACAGGCAGAAGAGACAGGCUCAGCAGGAGAGAGACGAGAUGGCCGAUGAGAUGGUCAACAGCAGCUCUGGAAAGAAUUUUCUGUUUGAAGAGAAGCGGAGGUUAGAUGCACGAGUCAGUCAGCUGGAGGAGGAGCUGGAGGAGGAGCAGAGUAACGCUGAGCUGAUGUCAGAGAGACAGAGGAAAAAUGCUCUACAGGUGGAGACGAUGACGGUGCAGCUGCAGGGAGAGAGGACUCUGGCCCAGAAAGCAGAGGCGGCUCGGGAGCAGCUGGAGAGGCAGAACAAGGAGCUGAAGAGCCGGCUGGGGGAGAUGGAGGGAGCCGUGAGGGGGAAACACCGACUCGGCCAAGCCGCCCUGGAGGCCAAGAUCGACUCCAUGGAGGAGCAGCUGGAGCAGGAGAGACAGGAACGAGCCAUUGCCAACAAACUGGUGCGAAAGACAGAGAAGAAACUGAAGGAGGUGAUGAUGCAGUCGGAGGACGAGAGGAGACAUGCAGACCAGUACAGAGAACAGGUGGAUAAAUCGAUGGUCCGCCUGAAGCAGCUGAAGAGGCAGCUGGAGGAGGUGGAGGAGGACAACUCUCGCUCCAACGCCCAGAAGAGGAAGCUGCAGAGAGAGCUGGAGGAGCUCACAGACGCCAGUCAGAGCAUGGCGCGAGAGAUCACCACUCUACGCAGCCAGCUAAGCCUUCCUGAAUGGAGACCAGAGCAGUAGGUCCAUGCGUGCUCCGUUGCCCCUGGCGAUGCGUGGACGCAGAGCGCUGGUGGACGACCUCUCGUUGGAGAACUCUGACUCUGAGGAGCCUCCAGCCUCGCCGACCCCUUCCUCUGGACCCCCGGGGACCCCGACUCCCUCCUCUGAACACAGCAUGGACCCCCCACCACCCUACAGCGUCAACAACGCAGAGUGACGCACCCAUAGACUCAGUUACACAUAGUACACACACACACACACACACACAUUGGCCUCUCACAGCCUCGACUACUCAGGGGUGAAGGAGUGACACGCACAUGACAACACUAGUUUAUAAAAGUACAUUUAUGAUGAAUACAUCAGGCGCUAUAUCUGUACAACAACCUCACUAAAAAGAAAGUCUGAAAUGAGAUUUUACAAAGAGGCAACUGGAGUUCAUUUUGAUUUUGUAACAGACUGUGACGUAAAGAAACAACAUAACAAAGACUGGAAGUUUCUACAUUACAUCUCUGUAAAGCUCUUCUGAGAAACAAAACUAUAUUUCCCAGAGUUCCAAGGGGAAAUUACUAUCAAAUAACUUCUUAAUGCUGUACAGUAAUUAGCAGAAAACAUUAUGGUGGUCUUUUACAUGAGGGGGUAUUUAAAAGAUAAACCAUGUUCAAACCUUUUGAUAAGGAUUUUAUAUAUAUAUAUAUAUAUAUAUAUAUAUAUAUAUAAAUAUAAAUAAUCUGAUUUCAUACAGGGCUGCUGGAGGGUGAUGAUACAAUCUGUAUAUGUGUUACAAAAAGUCAACAAGAUAAGUCUUGUACACACAUUUUAAUAUGACGGUUUUAAAAAAACAUUAAAUUAGUAAUUUGAGAUAAUCUGGCAAACAGUUUGGGCUGGAAAAACAAUGGCUGACUUUUUGGGUGAGUUAGCAAAAGAGAAAUAGCAUAGUAACUAUUGUUUAAUUCAACUUUUAUUGUAAACGGUUGAUCAGAAACUGGGGAGAAGUUCCAUCUCAUAUAAUCUAAUACUCAUAUCAUUUGUCAAAAUUGUAAAAAUGCAAACAUUUGACCAUAAAAAGCUGCAUCAAAGUUUUAAUAAAUAAAUAAAUCUUCUUUCUGUAGAUUAGAAACACUAGGUUGUUAGGCAAAGCUGUAGGUAGUAUUGGUUUCUUUAACUAAAAUCUUAACAUAUUGCUUCAGAAAUGAGAAUUUAUAUAAUUUAUAUCCAAAUGUAAAUGUAAGUUAUUUGACGGCUGGUUAUUUUCUGUACGACUGUGCGUGUUGUGAGGAACUUAGUCUGAUCAUUACGCUCCUGCUGCAGUCUGCUUUACAGCAUCGGCUCUCAGCUGUGAAUUUGCAUGAGAGAGCUUCCUGGUGGAGAAAUGGUUUCCCUGGUUUAGGCCGUUUCUGGUGUAUAAAAUAAAAAUGUAUGGGUUGUCUACCGCAGCGACAUAACUAGGAAUAACCUGUGGAGAACUGUAUUGGUGGAUUAUUCUUUUUAUCCAAAGCAGAACAAAUUGUGACAUGGAUCUUUUUUAUUUUUUAUCUUUUAGACUGAUGAACACAUCUCAUUUUAUUUUGACAAGCAUCUUGUACAUUGUAACUUUGAUUUUCACUGAUUAUCUGUGUAAAUUAUCGAUCAGACAAAGCUUUUGUGUUUAACCAAAUGGUGGGCGUAUGGAUGAGAAAAAGGGACUUAAAUAGGUAGUAAUGUAGAGUAGAUGAGAGUGUGGAGGCUGGGGAGGUUUUCUACUUUUCCUCAGUAGAAUAAACUCAGUCUCUGCUCACAGUUCGUGUGCAGAGUAACUGAGCAUGAGACUCGAGCCUUUUCCAAUACUUAGUAUUAGAUUAAAAAAUGACAAUGGAGGCACUGAGGAAUACAUUUUUACGAAAUGCAAGUUGAACAAAAAGUAGAAUUUCUUUUUUACCCUGACCAUUGACUCAAAUUGACCCGUGUGUGUGGUGUCUUCCAGACACGAGCAGCUUGAGGACCCUGUUGUGAAACAGAUAUUGUUUUUGUGAAACCUGAAUUCAAAUACGUGUUUUCCUUUUGAUAAAACAUUUCCAUUUUCCUCAGUAUGUUUUAUUUAUUGUUUAACAGGUGGAUUAAUGGGCCUAUUUUAAUUGUAUUGACCUUUAUUUGCCACCUGUUUGCCUGUCACAGCUCUAAGGCUGUCCAGAAUCAAAUGCAAUGUCUAGAUUUGUGACUUCGACACAAGUUCCAAUGUUUUAAAUACAUCAUUUAACAUUUUGGGAAAUAAGCUUUCUUGUGGAUAGUAGGACGGGAAUGUUUGAAACCACUUUAAGGUCUGUACAAUAAAGAUAUAGCGACAGCAAGCAACUGUUUACCUUAGCAACAAGCCUGGUAACAUGGGUAAACAGCUAGCCUGGUUCGGACUAGCAGUAACUAAAUCCACCUACAGCAUCUCUAAAGGUCACUAAUUAGCAUGUAUAUCUAUGUUAAAAAAGUAUGUAAGCAGGGGCUCUAGGAAGUCACUGCGCACGGCCAAAAAGUAUUCCAGCAUUUGACUGAAAAAUAUAAACGCAGUUUGUUGCUUAACACCUUGUUGUUUUCUUUAAUCCAACAGGAUAUAACAUGACAACUGAGAUUUAGAGAUGCUGGUAGGUGUGAUUUGUUUAACUCAGGCAGAGCUAGCUAACUGUAGUUUAGUGUGCUAAGCUCAUUUAAAAGUAACUGGCUGUAGUUUCAUAUUUACCAAACAGACAUGGGAAUGACAAUGAUCUUCUGUUCUUACUCAAAAGAAACCUAUUUCCCAAAAACGUGAAACCAUUCCUUGUAAUUAUAAAGAAUAUACUGGUGGUUUGACUAUUAAUUGGCGCUAAAGAAAGAUAAAGAUAAAUCCCAAAUGUUGCUCUGAACGUUUUCUUUGCUUUCUGGUUGUUAUACUAGAUGGCAAAGGACUGAUCCUGAUGGUAUUGACCGUGCAGUCGUUUUCGGUAAUCAGGGUUGUCAUCACUGCUCCCUUCCUCUUGUUUUAAAUAAACAAGUGUUUAUGUUAAUUAAACCGCAAUGCAAAACUAACACCUGCAUAUCGAGAACAAUAAGCGCGUACAGGGCUAACGUCCUCGUAUCCAUCAGACAUGUAAGGCAUUUUUUUAUUGUUUUGCCUUGCCAGGUUCACCUUGCUUCACAGUUAGUGAGAGCCGAGGUGAAUAAAGAUCAAGAAAGAGUUUGACUACUGACGACAUAUGUUUAAGCCCUAUUAAAGGGUUUCAUUUUGUAUUUUCAUUAUGUACAAUGUUAUUUUAGCAAUAUGCAAUUGAUUUAGGUUGACGCUGUGUUUUUUAUUUUAAGAUAGCCUAUUGUGUAAACGCUGCACUUUACACAUUACAGAACAUCAUGUCUGCUGUCCGGUGGUAAUUUAAAGAGGGCGAAAUUAACCAUAAAGCCAAAUGAGCUGACAUCACGUGUCAAAAACGACGCAAUCUGUCACUCUGAACUGUUCAUUUAAACGUCGUAAUCUCAGAAUGUCUUUCCAAUGUAUAAACGUGGCGCCGUCGCUCGCGCCUUGAUAGACCGCAAUCUGAAGACAUUGAACCGUCCGCCUGUAGCAAGAGACGAGGCCGGUGUUUCUCUAAGGUGUGGUUUUUCUCUCUGUGUUUCCUUAUGGCUACUGUGGAACUUGAAACAUUUUGGGAAAAAUGUGUUUUAUUGUUUUAGCCUUUUUUUGUUUAUGAUGCUGUAAUUAUAAAACAUCUGACUGGGUUAACUUUAAUAUAUUUCGUUGGUUUUGA